CAGCCAAACCAAUUAAAGCCCACCUUUUUUUUUUCUUCUGUUUCUCUCGCUCGACAGUCAAGCUCAUAUACAGCUGAUUCCCCCCCUUUAAAUCUUAUAUUUCCAGGGGUUUGUAAGAAGAUAAGCUUUUCACUAAUAAUUUAACGGGUUUAAUCAGGGCAGUAAAAAGGUUAUGCCCGAUAUGGAAAAUGAAAGUUCCAAAGUCUCGCGAGCCGAAGAAAUAAAAAACCAGGCUAAUGAAGCAUUUAAAGCAUACAAAUAUGGUCAGGCUAUUGACUUGUACACACAGGCAAUAGAGCUAAACAGUCAGAAUGCAGUAUACUGGGCCAAUCGUUCAUUUGCUCACACCAAAUUGGAAGAGUAUGGUAGUGCCAUAAGGGAUGCUACUAAGGCGAUUGAAGUGGAUCCUAAAUAUUCAAAGGGUUAUUACAGACAAGGUGCUGCUUAUCUUGCAAUGGGGAAGUUUAAGGAAGCACUGAAGGAUUUUCAACAGGUCAAAAGGAUUUGUCCCAAUGAUCUUGAUGCUACAAAGAAAUUAAAGGAGUGUGAGAAAGCAGUAAUGAAAUUAAAGUUUGAAGAAGCAAUUGCCGUACCUGAGUCUGAGAGGCGUUCCAUAGCUGACUCUAUAGACUACCGUAGCAUAAUCGUGGAGCCACAAUAUUCAGGUGCAAGAAUAGAGGGAGAUGUUGUUACUUUGGACUUUGUUAAGAAAAUGAUGGAUGACUUCAAGAACCAAAAGUGUUUGCAUAAAAGAUAUGCAUUCCAGAUUGUCUUGCAAAUGAGAGAAAUGUUGCAGGCUCUGCCAUCUCUUGUUGACAUUAAUGUUCCUGAUGGUAGUCAUUUAACUGUCUGUGGUGACGUGCAUGGUCAGUUCUACGAUCUGAUAAAUAUUUUUGAGCUUAAUGGUCUCCCUUCAGAAGAGAAUCCAUAUCUCUUUAAUGGUGACUUUGUGGACAGAGGAUCUUUCUCUGUGGAGGUCAUCCUCACACUAUUUGCAUUCAAGUGCAUGUGUCCAUCAGCUAUUUAUCUUGCUAGAGGCAACCAUGAGAGUAAGAGCAUGAACAAGAUAUAUGGUUUUGAGGGUGAGGUCAGGUCCAAGCUGAGUGAGAGAUUUGUGGAACUCUUUGCCGAAGUAUUCUGUUAUUUGCCUUUGGCUCAUGUAAUAAAUCAGAAGGCUUUUGUCAUUCAUGGAGGCCUUUUCAGUGUUGAUGGGGUGAAACUAUCUGACAUCAGGGCAAUAGAUCGGUUUUGUGAGCCUCCUGAGGAAGGGUUGAUGUGUGAAUUACUUUGGAGUGAUCCGCAACCUCACCCAGGACGAGGCCCUAGCAAGAGGGGAGUAGGUCUUUCUUUUGGUGGAGAUGUGACAAAAAGAUUCUUGCAGGAUAACGAUCUAGAUUUAGUUGUGAGGUCUCAUGAAGUGAAAGAUGAAGGUUACGAGAUUGAGCAUGAUGGUAAACUUAUUACUGUUUUCUCUGCACCAAAUUACUGUGAUCAGAUGGGUAACAAGGGUGCACUUAUUCGAUUUGAAGCCCCUGAUUUGAAGCCAAAUAUUAUUACAUUCUCAGCAGUGCCUCACCCUGACGUCAAACCGAUGGCUUACGCAAACAACUUCCUCAGAAUGUUCCAAUAGUUAUACCCGAGUCAUGCUCCAUCUCAGUCCAAAUUUUUUGCUACAAAAUCUUUGCAAUUGCUCUGUGGUACAAUUUGUGUCUACUGCUCGGUUGUAUGAUUUUUCGCAAUACAAGAGCCAAGUUUGUUCCUGUCGAGGAGCUGCCGGAGAAGCGGUAAAUGUUGAUAAAUUCCCGUUGUGGUUUUAUGUUAUUGUUUCUAUUCAUUUCAGGCUUUAAUCAAAUCGAAAAGGAUGGGCAAAAUGCCGUUAAAAGAUUUAAAAAAAGAUGAAGAAACACUUGCUGGCAUUGGCAAGGAGUCUGCUGAUAGCAUUUAAAUAUAGGUGAUCUCUUCCGUCUUAUUGUAUACGUUAGUGUUUUAUACUUUUGAAAUUUUUCAAUAAAAUUUUCUAGUGUUUCUUGGA